AUGGUCUUAUCAUCAUAUACCAGAAUCGUUAUUCAGAAACCAGGAUCGCCUGCACAGCCUCCCAAAUCAACGCCGCCAUCCAAUUCAACACCUGUAUAUGCGCCAAGCGGUUCCACGUCAUCUACUACGACCGUCUCAUCACCAAGUACACCGUCAACAGCAUCUACGAGAAUUGCGACAUCUCCGUCUGGUCCGAUUUCUACUUCUGAUCAGUUAAGGCCAAUGGAAAAUGCAUAUAUAAAAGACAUCACAACGACGAUAUCAGUUACAUCUGAGACACUGAUGGGAUCCACACCUGUAAGUAAUCAGCAGACACGCGUUAUGAUUCCUAUGUCUAGCACAGUAAUAAGUAAGCGUGACGGCGGUUUGCGUUGGUGUGAUCGAUGCAAUUACGUGAAGCCUGAUCGAUGUCAUCAUUGCUCAGAAUGUGACAAGUGUGUAUUGAAAAUGGAUCAUCACUGCCCGUGGGUUAAUGGCUGUGUUGGUUACAAUAACUACAAGUUUUUCUUCUUAUUCGUACUCUAUACUGCAUUAUAUUCUGAUUUUAUCUUUGCAGCGACAAUUGCUAUCAUAGCACAACAACUAUCAGAUAAGGAGGACUUGGACAUCCAGUGGAUAAUACUUCUCAUUCUAGCUUUCCUUUUUGGGAUAUUAUUAACAGGUUUCACGCUAGUACAUUUAACUUCCAUGCUGAAAAACCGAACGACCAUAGAGAGUAUAUCACACCGCAAGCGACAAUAUCACGUUCGUGUACAGUUUGACGCCAACAAUCCGCUUUGUUAUGGGGUAGCAACCACACGUCAAGGGGAGAAUCUCUGGGACCUUGGCUGGAGUGACAACUGGAAAAGUGUUAUGGGCACGAAGUGGUGGUUGUGGUUUUUACCAUUCGGAUCUCCACCAGGUGACGGUCUUGUAUACCCAUACAAUCCACCGAUUCGCGAUAGACUUAUUGAAGAAGCACGGAUCAACGCACAAAUUAAUGAGGAUAGAAUAGCAUUCAGAAUGCAGCAAGCACAAAUUCCAAGAUUGCAAACAUGA